AUGAAUUCAUUAUUUUAACCAAGAAAUUGGGCAAAUGGGUCAAUCAAAAAGGGAUGGAGGUAAUAAUUUUUUUUAAAAAUUGAUUUUUUAUAGGCAUCUUAUUAGUUUUCCACAAAAUUUUCAACUCCCAAUUAAGGAAAAUAUAAGUUACUCAAUUUGAGUUACAAUCAAUGUUACUCAAGGUUCAACUCCCAAUUAGGGAAAAUAUAAGUUACUCAAUUUGAGUUACAAUCAAUGUUACUUAAGGGAUACGGAGGUCAUUUCGAUGUGUAAGUUGGGGGUAAGUUAGGCCCAUAUCUUUGCAAUGUUAGGGUUUUGGUUCGCCUGGAAAUUGAAUUUGGAAUCUAGAAGAAUUCUCUAAUCACCACCACUUAGGACGGCGAUAGUGGUUGGGAAGGUGAUAGGAAACCACCGAUUACAAUACUGGUUGGGACCGGUUGGAUGACCUGUGUUCAGCAUAUGGUCUUCCUCCUCCUACCAAACUAGCUCACGUUAGUAGUAGAUCCAUGGCUCCCAAAAUUUUCCUUAUUCCUCCUUCUACAAUGUUGCCACGAAUUAAUUGCUUUCCCUAAGGGGUUGAUAUGACCCCACUUUACACUCUUUACUACUAGGGUGUUUUCUGUUUUGCCCCGAAACGGCGUUGGGGCGCGGCCAUUGUUAAGAAAAGAAGAAGAAGAAGAAGAAGAAGAAGAAGAAGAAGAAGAAGAAGAAGAAGAAGAAGAAGAAGAAGAAGAAGAAGAAGAAGAAGAAGAAGAAGAGGACAAAGGGGAGUCGAAGAGGAAGGCGGAGAGAUGGCAAUGGUUUUGAUGGGUUUUGGUUGGUGGUUGUGAUAAUGGUGUUGGUACGGUGGCUAUGAUAAAGAUGCAGUGAAGUCUGCAGGAUGAGUUUGAUUUUAAUUUAUUUUUUUUUUAAAAAAAAAAUACCUGCCACUUGAGUAACAAGAUUUGUUACUCAAAAUGAGUCACCUAGGCCAGCUCAUUUGCUUAAGUGCUUAAGUAUUGUUUAACCAACAAAAAAAAAAAAAAAAAAAAAAAAAAAGUUAGUGCUCAAGUAUUGCAAAACUUUAAGGCAUUCAAUGCAAUUAGUCUUUGGUUUUUUAGAAAACAAAAAUCUCAAAUAUAAAAUUUAUGUAAUUUGUGAUAUUUUAUUUCUCUUAACUGACCCCAGAAUCAAGUUUCCUAAGGAGUGUAAGGAAUCAAGUACUUUGACAAACAAACACUCUGUCCCUCUCUUUCAUUCCUUACAUGAAAACACAACACUACAUACUCUUCUCUCUCUUACUUCAUCAUUCCAUCUUCACUUCACCACUCUUCCUCCUCCUCCAUGACUUCUCCCCUCCUCUUCAUCUCCCUCUCCCUCCUCCUCUCUUCCUCCUCUUCGUCGUCGCUACCGCCAUCGCCGCCAUCAUCAUUAUCCAAUGAUCAUAUCCCUCAAAGUUAUAUAGUUUACAUGGGUGGAUCAAAUGAUCAAGAUGAAUUAGACAUGAAAAUCACUGAGUCAGCUCAUUUACAAUUGCUUUCUUCUGUUAUUCCAAGUUCGGAAAGAGAGAGGAUGUCGGUGGGUCAUGUAUACCAUCAUACAUUCAGGGGAUUCUCUGCCUUUCUUACUGCCACUGAAGCUUCUCUGCUUUCUGGUCAUGAUGAAGUAAUAUCAGUGUUUCGUGAUCCAAGUUUGGAGCUCCACACUACAAGAUCUUGGGAUUUCUUGGAUCAGCAAUCUGGACUUGGAACUCAUUUUCAAUUUCAGAAGCAUGGAUUUCCCUCCUCUGAUGUCAUCAUUGGAAUGAUUGACACAGGAAUAUGGCCUGAAUCUCCAAGUUUCACCGACGAAGGUCUUGGAGAGAUACCUCCAAGAUGGAAAGGAGUUUGCAUGGAAGGCUCCGACUUCAAGAAGUCUGAUUGUAACAGGAAAUUAAUUGGAGCAAAGAACUACAUCCUCCAAGGCGGCUUUGGAAAAUACAGCAACUCCACUGCCACCAAGUCAAGUGACUCAGCACGAGACCACGACAGCCAUGGAACUCAUACAGCAUCAACUGCAGCAGGAGUCCAAGUUAUGAAUGCUAGUUAUUUUGGAUUAGCACAAGGCACGGCGAGAGGGGGUCUACCAUCUGCUAGGCUUGCAGUUUACAAGGCCUGCACAAUAGAUAAUUGCUCUGGUUCCACAAUAUUGAAGGCUAUUGAUGAUGCUGUCAAAGAUGGUGUUGACAUAAUAUCAAUAUCUUUGGGUAUGGAUUUACUUUUACAGGCUGAUUUCUUGAGUGACCCGAUAGCCAUUGCAGCGUUUCAUGCAUAUCAAAUGGGGAUUAUGGUGGUAUGCUCAGCCGGAAAUAGUGGUCCUGACCCAUAUACAGCAGUGAAUACAGCCCCGUGGAUAUUUACUGUUGCUGCUUCCAAUAUUGACAGGGAUUUAGAAUCAGUCGUGCUCUUAGGAAACAAUGCGAGUUUCAACGGGUCUGGCAUCACGUUGUCAAAUCUUACUAUCUCUAGCCAGUAUCCACUAGCAUUCGCAGGAGAUAUGGCUUCUGCGUUCACCCCUUCAUCAGAAGCGAGCAAUUGCUAUCCAGGAUCACUGGAUCCUAAGAAAGUGGCUGGGAAAAUAUUGGUUUGUUUGAACAAUUACCCUAGUAUAUCACGGCGAAUCAAAAUGUUAGAGGUACAAGAUGCAGGUGCAAGUGGCUUGUUAUACAUCAGUAAUGUUGAAAAAGGUGUGCCAUAUGAUUCAGGUUCUUUCCCAUUUACACAAGUCGGAGAAGAUGAUGGACUAAAGAUACUGAAGUACAUUAAUUCUACGAGGGAACCAACAGCGACAAUCCUGUCAACCGUGUCUGUGGAAAAAUACAAACCAGCACCAACUGUUGCAGAUUUCUCAUCAAGAGGUCCUGGAGAAUUCACUGAAAAUAUUCUUAAGCCAGACAUUAUGGCUCCUGGAGUUGCAAUACUUGCAGCAAAUAUUCUAGAAACUGAACCAGGACAAGAAUCUGUUGAAAAAGAGCCAUCAAAAUUUGCUAUAAAAUCCGGAACAUCCAUGGCUUGUCCUCAUGUAACUGGUGCUGCGGCUUUCAUUAAGUCCAUACACCCUGAAUGGACACCUUCCAUGAUUAAAUCAGCUUUGAUGACAACAGCAAUUGUUGCUGAUAACAUCGGGAAAGGCUUAACAAAUAGUUCCGGAGACAUUGCAAAUCCACACGAAACUGGAGCUGGGGAGAUAAGUCCAGUCAAAGCCCUUGAUCCAGGACUCGUAUUCCCAACCACUACAGAGGAUUACUUUCAUUUCUUAUGUUAUUGUGGAUAUAAAGAGAAAGUCCUUCGAUCUAUGUCAAGCACAAAGUUCAGUUGUCCAAAGGUUUCUUCAGAUACGAUUAUAUCCAACAUAAAUUAUCCAUCCAUCUCCAUAGGUGAACUGAAACGAAAUCACGAAAAAACAGUUACUAGGCAUGUUAUCAAUGUUGGAUCGUCAAAUGCAUCAUACACCGCCACUGUACAAGCUCCAGAAGGGUUAAAGGUAAAUUUAUUUCCGAAGCAGAUAGAUUUUCACAAGGGUUCUACUACAGCUAUUUUUAAUGUUUCAUUCCAUGGGAAACAAGCUCAGAAAGGCUAUAAUUAUGGCUCAUUGAAUUGGUUCGACGGAAUACAUAAUGUCCGCGUUGUAUUUGCUGUAAAUAUUGUAGAUUGAUUGAACGAAGAAUCACAAUCCCACAGGCACAUCGACCAUGUAGCCAAUAAUUAUACGUACAUUACAAAUGAGAUAUAGGAAAAAGAUUCAUUCUUUCUGCUAAAUGUAUAAUAUAUGCUGUAACAUGUGUAUAUUUCAUACAGACCUCAAUGGAUUAUCCUUUGAAUGUAGUA